GCCGCGCAGUUCCAGGAACCCGAGGGCGGGCUCUGCGCCCCCUAUAAGAGGCCUCCCCGGGCGGCCCUGGCAGCUCCGCCGCCGUCUGCCGCCGCGCACGGGCCACGCCGUCCACCGCCGAGACCGGCCCCGGCACCCGAGCCCCAGGUGAUGGUGUAGCAGCGGCUGCUCCCGGCAGCAGCACCCCGAGCACGCAAAGCUGGCUCCCUGCGCCAUGGUCACCCACAGCAAGUUCCCCGCCGCCGGGAUGAGCCGCCCCCUCGACACCAGCCUGCGCCUCAAGACGUUCAGCUCCAAGAGCGAGUACCAGCUGGUGGUGAACACCGUGCGCAAGCUGCAGGAGAGCGGCUUCUACUGGAGCACGGUGACGGGAGGCGAGGCCAACCUGCUGCUGAGCACUGAGCCUGCCGGCACCUUCCUCAUCAGGGACAGCUCAGACCAGAGGCACUUCUUCACCCUCAGCGUCAAGACAGAGUCGGGCACCAAGAACCUGCGCAUCCAGUGCGAGGGUGGCAGCUUCUCCUUGCAGAGCGACCCCCGCAGCAGCCAACCCGUGCCCCGCUUCGACUGCGUGCUCAAGCUGGUGCAUCACUACAUGCCUCCCGUGCCCGAGCAGCCGGGGGGGGCCCUGCACCCCAAGCGCACCUACUACAUCUACUCGGGUGGCGAGAAGAUCCCUCUGGUGCUGAGCCGCCCGCUCUCCUCCAGCGUCUCCACCCUUCAGCACCUCUGCCGCAAGACUGUCAACGGGCACCUGGACUCCUACGAGAAGAUGACUCAGCUGCCGGCUCCCAUCAAGGAGUUCCUGGACCAGUACGAUGCCCCUCUCUAAGGGGCUGGUGGAGCGAGAUCGCAUGCUACAAGCACAAGAGCAGGGGACAGGCACAACGCCUCAUGGGACACGGCAAGCCUCUCCCUCUGUGGAGGAAAGGAGGGACUGGGGUGAGCCUUGGUGCUGGGGGAUACCCCCCCCCCCCCCGAGGAAGUGCGACACCCCCUCUCCAUGGAGAAGGAGACUGCUCUGGUCAGAGUGUGGAUGUUACAGUGUGCCCAGCGUGGAGGCUGACUCUGUCGGCGAAGCCCCCACGGACUUGGGCAGCCAGGACGGCACCUGCCGUAUGGAGGGACAGGCGCCCCGGCAGCCACAUCCCCCUUGGGGUGUCCUGGCAAGAGCUCCCCUCUGCCACCAGAGCAGGGAACGCACUGGAUCCUGCGAGUGCCUCAUCGCUUUUCCUCGGUUUUAAGGGGAAAGUGUUUUUUGCCCAUACUGUACUUUACCUCCUGCUGCCUCCUCGUGAGUGGAAGCUCCUUUCACACCAGGCCCCAGACUUGGAGGUUGCUGCCUUUUUUCCCCUCUUUGCCAUUUUCCAGGGCACUAAGCCUUAAUAUUCUCCCUGCCCCGUGGGUCACUGCACAUCAGUUGGUGAUGCUGUGAGAUAACAGUCCUGGUGAUGUGCCGAAAAAACGUAGGGGAAAUGGUGAGUCCUGAGGCUGCUGAGUCCCACGGAGCACCCCGGGCCCCACCGCUGCUGCCGGACCGUUACUGCACCCACCUCUGCCCGGCUGCUCCAGAGGCACUGCUUCCCAUGGGAGGAGCCCCUGGAGUGCAUCGUCUCACAAGUGCUUUUCUGUGUCCGCCUGGAGAAGUGGUUGGGUUUUUCUGGCUUUUUUUUACUUUAUUUUUUGAACCGAAGGGAUGUUUACAGGCCAACGUGAAUCACUGUCUUUUAUAAAGAUUCCAUCUUCACCUCCAGCCUCGAGGGCUGAGCAAAACCAUGCUUGAAAAUUCAACCAAAACAAAACUCAGAUGAAACUUUGCACAUAUUUAUAUUUAUAUUCAGAAAGGAAACGUUUCCAUAAUUUAUAAUAAAGAGCACUAUUUUUUAAUGAAAA